AUGCUGAGACUACACUCGCUAUCUUCACCGGCGGUGGCUGCACAAAACCCUAAACAGUGCCUUGCUUCGGAGCUCUCAAGCAGAGCUAGGGUUUUCAGCACCAACAGCUUUGGCUUUGCUCCGAGUUUGAGCUCGUCGAGGAAGAGGCUCUCCUUGAAAUGUCGCCAGUCUGAGUACUUCGACCAGCAGAGGGCCAGUACCGCCUCUGCCCCUAACAAACCGUCUCCUCCUGCUCCACAAACUCCCGCAGGAGGAACUGGGUUGCCGCCUAGGUUUUUUGUGGGUCACUCAAUAUACAAAGGAAAGGCAGCUCUUACCGUAGAGCCCAAAGCUCCGGAGUUCACAGCUUUAGAUUCAGGGGCAUUCAAACUCUCCAGGGAAGGCUUUGUUCUACUUCAGUUUGCUCCAGCAGCAGGUGUUCGUGUAUAUGAUUGGAGCAGAAAGCAGGUAUUCUCACUAUCAGUGACAGAAAUCGGAAGCCUGGUUUGCCUUGGCUCGAAGGAGUCCAUUGAAUUCUUCCAUGAUCCUUUUAAGGGGAAAAGUGACGAAGGCAAGGUCAGGAAGGUGUUGAAGGUGGAGCCUCUUCCAGACGGAUCUGGGCAUUUCUUUAACCUCAGUGUUCAAAACAAGCUUAUCAACUUGGAUGAGAGCGUUUAUAUUCCUAUCACCAGAGCAGAGUUUGCAGUUCUCAAAUCAGCUUUCAAUUUUAUCCUGCCGUACAUUUUAGGUUGGCAUGCCUAUGCAAACUCCAUAAAACCAGAAGAUUCGAGCCGUAUGAAUAACGCUAGUUCUAGAUAUGGAGGAGAUUUUGAAUGGAGCCGGUAG